AAAAGAUAUUCGUAAAAAUAUUCGCGAAAUGGUCAGUUCAGUCAGUUCAGUAGUAAUUUGUAAAACGGACGCAUGUGUAUAUGGAUUAUUAAAACCAUUUUAAUAUUUAAAAAAUCAAAAUAUAUAUAUAUAUAUACGUGAAUAAAAUAUAAUUAAAAAAAUAUCAAGAUGAAAUAAAAAUGUCAUUUAAAAGAUGGCUAGCUCUAUUAUUCUUUUAUGUAUCAUAUCUAUUUUUUGGAGCUAGCAUUUAUUAUGUUAUUGAACAUAAUGAAGAAUCAGCUGAAAGAGCUAUAGCAUUACAAGAUCGUAUUAAAAUUAAUGCAUAUAUUAAAAAAUAUUUGAAGGGUGAUGAUGAUAUACAAAAUGAAGUAUUAGGUAAUAUUACAGAAUAUUGUGGUAAAAAAGUGACUACAGUAGAACCUGAUGAAAUACAAGAUCCAUACAAAUGGGAUUUUUAUCAUUCAUUUUUCUUUGCCUUUACUGUUUGUUCAACAGUAGGCUAUGGAAAUUUAUCACCAUCAACAACAUUAGGACGUAUGGUAUUAAUUGCAUAUUCAUUAAUUGGUAUGCCAGUAAAUACCAUAUUAUUUGCGGGAUUGGGUGAAUAUUUUGCACGUUUGUUCGAACUCAUUUAUGAAAGAUACAAAACUUAUAAAUUAUCAAAUAAUGAUCUCUAUAUACCAAGGCAAUUUGGACUUAUUGCAACAAUUGCAAUGGCAUUAGUACCGGGAAUAGUUUUUUUUCUUAUAAUACCUUCAUGUAUAUUUUGUUAUUUUGAAGGUUGGCCAUUUACUUUAUCAUUAUAUUAUUCUUAUGUAACAACAACAACAAUUGGAUUCGGAGAUUAUGUUCCGACAUUUCAACCUCAUCAGGAACGUUAUUUUGGUGGAUUAUUUGUUGCCUAUCAAAUUUUCAUUAUUGUUUGGUUCAUAUUUUCUCUUGGUUAUAUUUUAAUGAUAAUUGGUUAUGUAACGAAAUUUUUCCGAAGUAAGAAAUUAAGAGAACUUGAACGUCAAUUAAAAAGUAAUAUUAAGAAUACACAAAGUCGAAUAUGGCAUGGUGUUGUUAAAGAUGUCGGCUAUCUUAGGAAAAUUAUAAAUGAAGUUUAUUUAAGUGUAAAGCCAAUUUAUCAUGAACCUGGUUUAAGAACACCAUGUGAUUUAUGCAGAUCAUCAUCAUGCCCUGAUUUAUCAAUGUAUAGUGCAUCAACACCAAUUUUAAGUAGAAAACGUGCAUUUUCAGAAAGUUGUAAUAAAUUUUCAAGUGAUAAUCAAAUGCAAAUUGGUAAUGGAACUCCAGUUUAUAAAGCAUCAUCUGAUACAGAUUUAAAUAAAAUUAAUAAAGAGAAAACAUUUGAAACUGUAAAUGCAUUCCGUGAAACAACGAAUCUAUUAGCUAAAGUUGUUACAGCUUUAGGUAAUAUACAACCACCACAAUAUGAUAUUGGACCUGAUACAUCAAGUUUAAAUAGUACAUUAUUUGGUGCAUAUCAUGGUUUUACUGAUUCACAAAUACUUUCUGAUGAAUAUUUGGUAGCAUCAGCACAAAAUGAUUUUCAUCCAUUACAUAGAGAACGUGCAUCAUCAGAUUUCUUUAUUAAUCCAAAAACAAUACCUUUAAAACAUCAAAAUGAGUGGACAUGGUGCGGUGAUAAUCAUCAAAUACAACAGGAAAUUAAUGAUCGUGCGAAAUUUUAUAAAAAUAAUAAUUUAGCAAAAACUGCACUUUAUAAGUCUGCAUUAAAUAAUUCUGUUACAUUGAAUAUUGAAUCAAAAGAUGAAAUACCACAACCUAAAAAGAAAAAAUCAUUUGUUUUAGAUCUUUUCAGAAGACGAUCAAGUAUUUUAGAUUUUAAUAAAAAUCCACCUAAAAAAUCAAUUGAUAUUUCAGGUAGUGGUAAUAUUUUACCAACAUUAGGUGAUAAAUAUCCGAUUCCACAAAGUUAUUAUACACCUACAACAACAAAUAGUUCAUUAAAAUCUGAAAGGAAAACAAGUUUAGCUAAUAAUAGAUCAAUUGAAACAAUAUCACAAGAUUAUAGUAAUUCACCAGAUCUUAAUCAAUUGAAACAACGUAAAGGAAGUUUAUAUCCAUUUUAUAGUAAUAAUAUUAUGUUAAAUGAUUCAAGAGAUUCAUUGAAUUCCCGUAAAAGUUUUUCACACCGAAAUAGUAUUUUUCAUAAAACAAAUCGUUCCGGUUCUUUAGCAUUCCCAAUGGAAACGAAUCGUUUUCGUACAAGUAGCUUAAAUUCUGAUUCACAUAGGAGUCGUGAAUCGAUAUGCUCAGACCGAAAGAGUGAAUUAAUAUUAGAAAAUACAUCUGUAGCUGAUUUAAUAAGAGCAUUAGAAGUAAUACAUACAAGAGCUGUAACACAAAAUGAUCAUAUUAUUUCAACAAUACCAGAAAUGAAUGAAGAAAAAACUAAAAAGAAAAGAAAAGUCGGUACAAGUGAACCGCCACAAUUAUCACCAUUAUUUACAAUAUUUUCAAAUAAUACCGAUGAAGACACAAAUCAAAAAACAGAUACAAUUACACAAAAACCAGAUAAAACUCGUCCAACAAUACAAAAAUUCAAUACAAGAAGAACAUCAUUAUAUGCAGAAGCUAGUGGACAAUUUAAUAAAAAAAAUCAACAAUCAACUGAUAUUAAUAAAUAUGGUAGACGUUUUAGUGUACGUCCAACUGAAUUACAAAUACCACCAGGUAAAUCACAAUAUUCUGGACAAGCAAUAUCAUCAUUUCCAACAGCAUUACAAAGAAGAUUAUCAGUACGUCAUAGUAAAGAUUUUAAAAGUUCACCAUUAGCAAGUACCACAGGUUCUAGUAGUGUUGGUGGUAGUGGUCCUGGUGGAAGUGGUGGUAACAGUGGUGGUAACAGCGGUAAUAAUAGUAAUGUUAAUAGUAAUCGAAGUAGUAUUAGAAAACAAUUUAUACCAAUAUCAUCUAGUAGUAGUAGUAGAACAUCACAAAAUCCAUCAUCAACUACCACAACACUACGAAAUUUCAAUUCUAAUACAAAUUCUGAAGCAUAAAAAGAAUAAAAUAAAAACUAGCAAUUAAUUUUAUAUUAAUUAUUUUUAAAUGUUGCCAAUAUUAGUCAUUAAUAUUAAAUAAUAUUAGUUAGGAUUCAAUUAUAUGUAAUUAUUAUUGCUGUGUUGUUUCGUUUUUUUUAGUCUAGUUAAAAAAUAUGUAAUAAAAUGUUAAGUCUGAUAUAUAAGAAUAUUUAGAAUAUUUAUAAAAGUACUUAAAUUUUUAAUGAAUAUAUUUUUGGAUUUUUAAAAUUUUUAAAAUUAUAGAUAGAUAAAAACAAAACAAAUUAUAAAAGACAAUGAUAGUAAAAAAAAAGACAAUUAAAUAAAUAGUUCUUAUGACAAUAAACAAGAAGACUUCAUUUUGGUCUUCUAAAAAAAUAAAUUAGCCAUGUUUUGUGCAAUAUUUUAAAUUUUUUUUUUGUUAAAUAUUUUAGAAAAUUCAUUUUUUAAUUUAUUUAAUGAAUUGUUGCUUUUUAAUAUUAUUAAAGUUAAAAAUUGUAAUUCCAUUUUAUAUAAAUUUGAUUUUCUCUAAAUUCAGUUAAAAAAAGGCCCGGUUCUGUUUUUUUCGGCACCCUACGCGGUUUGCAAAGGAAUCUCCCCCUCCUUUCAAAAUAAUGAACAAUAUGCUAUAAACAUUGCCCAUUGCGAGUAGUAAUUUCGUUCAUGUCGUCCAGCGCACAUCGCAUAAUGCAUAUACUUAUUUUGCAUAUAUGGUAGAUCCGACGCUUCCUCAUAACAUAUUUAACACCCAUAACCAUAUUUAAUGCUGUUUUCAUAAAUUAUUUCAAUUAAGAUACACUGCAUCUUCAAAAUACGUUCUUUCUUUCAAAAUUAUUUUCAAAAUUCGUUCAAUUCGAUAUUAUGGCCUAAAAAUUUUGUUUUCGAAAUUAUAUUUACGUGAAAAUAUUUUUUAAUACGAGAAAAUAUUUUUAUUAUUUAGAUAAUUUUUUUAUUUUCUGAAAUUUCAGCUUCAUUAAAUUCUUGAAAAUAGUUUUAAAAUUUCAAGUAGUUUUGAAAUUAAUUUUAAUUUGUAUUUAGGAUCAGAAUUAUAACAAUAUCAAAUUAUACAUGAUAAAAUUAUAUUUUUAUAUAAUCAUAUUUACUUAUUUAUAUUAAAAUAAAAACAAACACAAAAAAAAAU